AUGGCCGCCUUCAGCCGCAGGGAGUUCUAUGAGCAACUGCUCCAUGGCUGCGUUAUUCCCACCGCUCUGCAAGGAUUGGAUCAGAUCUGGGUGCUGCUUCUCAUGUGCCUGGGCUGCAGGGUGCUCUGGAGGCUGGGCCUCCCAUCCCACAUCAAGCACCUGUUCACAAUCGCCGGUGGUUUCUUCUGCCUCUAUCAUUUCUUCCGCCUGCAGAUGAUCUGGGUGGUCCUCAUGAGCCUGCUGUGUUACCUGGUCCUGUUUCUGUGCCGACACUCUCAGCAUCGGGGGGUCCUUCUCUCCAUCACCGUCCUGAUCUACCUCCUCAUGGGUGAGAUGCACAUGGUGGAUACAGCAAGUUGGCAUAAAAUGAGAGGUGCUCAAAUGAUAGUAGCGAUGAAGGCUGUGUCUCUGGGUUUCGAUGUGGAUCGUGGCAUUGUACGUUGCAUCCCGUCUCCUGUGGAGUUCAUGGGAUAUGUCUACUUUGUUGGCACUGUCAUCUUUGGGCCUUGGAUCAGUUUUACCAGCUACCAGCAGGCCUUAAACGGACAAAAGUUGACAUUCCGCUGGUUUCGCCGUGUCCUGCGCAGUGUGAUUCUGAGCAUCUUCUGUCUCCUGAUGUCUACUUGCGUGUCUCCGUACCUGUUCCCCUACUUCAUCCCUAUCUAUGGAGACCGGCUGCUGAGGAACAAGAAACGCAAGGCCAGGUACACCACUCUGUCGUGGCUACGUGCCUAUGAGAACACCUCAUCAUUCCACUUCAGCAAUUAUUUUGUGGGUUUUCUAUCAGAGGUGACGGCGGUUCUGUCUGGAGCUGGCUUCACUGAGGAAAAGGAUCACGUUCAUUGGGACUUGGCUGUAUCUCAUCCGCUGAAUGUAGAGAUUCCUCGCUCCAUGGUUGAUGUGGUGACAAGCUGGAACAUGCCUAUGUCUCGCUGGCUACACACUUAUGUCUUUAAGAAUGCCAUGAAACUCGGAACUUUCCAAGCCAUUAUAGUGACGUAUGCAGCAAGUGCUUUAUUACAUGGACUUAGUUUUCAUCUGGCAGCUGUGCUUUUAUCUUUGGGAUUCCUGACGUACGUGGAACACGUACUGAGGAAAAAACUAGCAGAUAUCUUCAGUGCCUGCAUCCUUUCCAAGAAAUGUUCUCCUAACUGUUCCCACCGCAACAAGAAGAGCCUCCUUGUCUACCUAAUAAACAUUCUGUUUGGUGCUCUGGCCUUAUUUCACCUGACGUACCUUGGCUCGCUGUUUGACACGGAUUCUGAAGAUGCCAGUGAGGAGGAGGGGUACGGGAUGGCACACACCAUCAACAAGUGGUCAGAGCUGGGCUGGGCUGGUCACUGGCUGACUUUCGGGUCCUGGGUGUUUUAUCGGCUACUUGGCUGA